CCCUUCGCUUGCUCCCAGUGUCCGUCCCUCUCUCUCUCUCUCUCUCUCUCGCACCCACACUUCCGUUUCCGCUUUUCUCUCUCCUGCUCGCACCAGGGUCCAGAGAGAGGAGGUGAAGGGAUUGGACAUGGGCCCGAUGAGGUUGGGAAUCGGUGCUUUGAUGAUAUAAUGAGCAGAGGAUCCAAAUCUCUUGUUCUUCUUCUCCGAGGAGGAUGGCUCUGCACGAAGAAGAUGCUCAGCAGGUACAAAGCCCGGGUCUGGUUCUCGACGGGCUUUAUUGCGAGGAAGAGGGUUUUGAGGACGAUCUAGUAAGGUUUGCUGAUUCAGAUGAUUUGAGUGAAAAAUGUGAUGAAACUGCGAAAAAGGAGUCAUUUUUGCCUUUCGUUUUGGUUGACCAUGACUUUUUAUGGGAGGAUGAUGAGUUACUGUCGUUAAUAUCUAAAGAAAAAGAGAUUCAUCUCUGUUUCCGCAAUCUAAUCUCAGAUGGGUUUCUGGUCUCAGCGCGUAAAGAAGCGGUCGAUUGGAUUUUUAGGGUAAAAGCACAUUAUGGGUUCACUGCUUUGACUGCUGUUCUUGCUGUGAACUUCUUCGAUAGGUUCAUUUCAAGCUUGAGAUUCCAAAGGGACAAGCCAUGGAUGGGUCAGCUUGUUGCUGUGGCUUGUUUGUCUUUGGCUGCGAAAGUGGAAGAGACCCAAGUGCCACUCCUGUUAGACCUUCAAGUGGAGGAAUCCAAAUAUGUCUUUGAGGCAAAGACUAUUCAGAGAAUGGAGCUUUUGGUCCUGUCUACUCUCCAAUGGAGGAUGAAUCCGGUUACCCCAAUUUCAUUCUUUGAUCAUAUUAUUAGGAGGUUUGGAUUGAAAACCCACUUGCAUUGGGAAUUUAUGUGGAGGUGUGAGCGUUUGCUUCUCUCCGUAAUUGCUGAUGCAAGAUCUAUGUGUUUUCUUCCCUCCACCCUUGCUGCUGCUACAAUGGUAUAUGCCAUUAGAGAAGUUGGGUCAAGUAAUCAAGUGGAAUACCGAAAUCAGCUCAUGGCUGUACUCCAAGUCCCUGAGGACAAAAUAAACGAGUGUUACAAUCUGGUCCUAGAAGUGUCUGGCAGCCAUGGCAACCAUAGCCAAAGCCACAAACACAAGCAUCUGUUAUUACCUGCCAGCCCUCUUGGUGUCACGGAAGCAUCCUUCAGCUCUGAUAGCUCGAACGACUCAUGGGCUGUGGCAACUUCUGUGUCAUCAUCACCUGAGCCUCUGUUCAAGAGGAGAAGAUUACAAGAACAGCAGAUGCGAUUGCCUUCUCUCAAUCGUAUGUUUGUGGAUGUGCUUAGUAGUCCUCAUUAAUCUUCCCUUUGUCCAAGUAUCUAGUAUUGAACCUGUUAUAUUAUGAUCCAUCUCUUACAUAUUACUAUCGGCAGAAUGGUUAUUAAGAUUCAAUCAUUUUGUGUUGCAUGAUUACUUUUGCCUUUCCUGUCCAAAGUUGUUAAAUUGAAUCAGACACAGAUGGAAAUUGGAGAAUCCGCUAAGCACCUCUACAAUUCUGGUGAGGUGGGAGUUUGAGAAUGCAAAAGAAACGAUGUUACUUUCUUUUGGUCUCUCCUAGAGUACAGUUAAUCUUAUGCUACAUGUAUUUGUGCUGACGUGAAUAGACCUAUACAAGAUAAACAUGGUUUGCAAGCAUUACAGUUAA